GCACGGUCCCACCAGCAAAACUGUAUGCAUCCUGAAGCAAAGAAAAAGCGUCCUUUAAGUGUGUAAAGAAAGAUUCAUUAUCUUCUUAUGCAUCUUGGGAGCUACACCUGAAUUGUCACCAUGGAGAUAUAUAUCCUAGGGAUUAUCAUUUCAAUAUGUGGCAAUCUUCUUAUCAGCAUUUCAUUGAAUAUCCAGAAGUACACCCACACACGCCAGUCCCAGCUAGGCACCAAGCCAUACUACACUAGUCGACUGUGGUGGUAUGGAAUCCUGCUCAUGGGGCUUGGUGAACUUGGCAACUUUGCUGCAUAUGGAUUUGCACCAGCUUCCCUCAUUGCUCCUCUCGGCUGUGUGUCUGUCGUUGCCAGUGCUGUAAUCUCUGUGGUUUUCCUAAAAGAGAUUCUACGAGCGUCUGAUGUACUGGGAGGUAUUCUUGCUCUAACUGGUACAUAUCUGCUGGUGACCUUUGCCCCACACUCUGCACCCCAUGUGACAGCCAACAUGGUGGAGCGCUGCCUCAUCAGCGUGCAGUUCCUCAUCUACUUUUUUUCUGAAGUGGUUUUAUUUUGUGUCCUGCUCUACCUGUACAAGUGCAGGAACAUGAAACAUAUUGUUAUUGUGAUGCUUCUGGUGGCUCUGCUAGCCUCUGUGACUGUGAUCACGGUGAAAGCUGUGUCUGGAAUGAUCACAGAGACAAUUCGUGGGAGCCAUUUACAGCUGACUUACCCCAUCUUCUACAUCAUGUUUAUCAUCAUGAUAGUCUCAUGUGCCUUCCAGAUUAAAUUUCUCAAUGAAGCUAUGAAGAUGUUUGAUGCAACAGAAAUUGUUCCUAUCAAUUUUGUUUUUUUCACAGCCAGUGCUGUAAUCGCAGGGAUUUUAUUUUAUGAAGAGUUUUAUGGUUUAUCGCUGAUACACAUCAUCAUGUUUGUGCUUGGGUGCUUGUUAGCAUUUACUGGAGUAUUCCUGAUUGCUAGAACACGACCUAAAAUCAAAAUGGACAGUGUUCUCAUCUCUAUGGGUAAAAUCUCAGGUAAGAGCAGCACUGCUAACAUGCAGCCAGAGUCAAAGGACAAUAAGUAUGGAGGUCUGGCUUCCAAACUUGGGUGCAACAGUGGAAUGCAGCAGGAAGACUCUUAGAUCACCAUCUACUGGACUAAUAAGCAUAGUGACGUGUGUAUGUGUGAGACAGAGACCCCUAGUGUGGUAACUGUCUCAAUACUGCAUGUGGGCCAUAUACUCAUGUAUUUACUGUAGCUUCAUAAAGAAGCAAGGAAAAGAAUCAGUUGUCCUUAUGUAUCUGAUUUUUCAAAAUACUGUAACUAUAGAGCAGACUGGAUCAGCACUCUUACUCUGACAGACAGUUCUGAUUCAGAAAAGCUGAAAGUUAUUUGUAAUAUAAUAAAAAUGCAAUUGUAUAGAGGAGUCACUUUAAUUCAGAAUAAUCUAUAUUAACAGAUUUCCUCUAAUAGUUUAUA